CACUGACCACAUGUUGCUUUGUUCCCUUUACACAAGCGGAGCGAGAGGGAGCUGAAACACUCUAGUCAGUGGAGAUUGGCAAAAAGAAAAGAAACACAAGAAACAGAGCUCUGUUUUGAGUCAGAGCACAGACUGGUUAAUAUUUCUGUUCGGAGAAACUCUCACAGUCACCGAAGAGGUGAAAUGGCACAGAAACAAGUGAAGCUGGACCGGGAAAGCUUCUCUUGUUCAGUCUGUCUGGAUCUACUGAAGGAUCCUGUGACUACUUCCUGUGGACACAGCUACUGCAUGGACUGUAUUCAACGCCACUGGGAUGGAGAAGAUGAGAAGCAGAUCUACAGCUGUCCUCAGUGUAGAAAGACUUUCACACCAAGGCCUUUCCUGCUGAAAAACACCAUGUUAUCAGAUUUAGUGGAGAAGACUGAACUCCAAGCUGCUCCUGCUGAUCACUGCUAUGCUGUAGCUGAAGAUGUGGCCUGUGAUGUCUGCACUGGGAGAAAACUGAAAGCCCUCAAGUCCUGUCUGGUGUGUCUGGUCUCUUACUGUGAUCAACACCUUCAGCCUCAUUACGAAUCCCCAGCGUUUGAAAAACAUCGGCUGGUGGAGCCCUCCAAGAAUCUCCAGGAGAACAUCUGCUCUCAUCAUGUUGAGGUGAUGAAGAUUUUCUGCCGUACUGAUCAGCAGUGUAUCUGUUAUCUCUGCACUCUGGAUGAACAUAAAGGCCACGACACAGUCUCAGCUGCAGCAGAAAGGACUGAGAGGCAGAAAGAGCUCGAGGGGAGUCAACAAAACAUCCAGCAGAGAAUCCAGGACAGAGAGAAAUAUGUGAAGCUGCUUCAACAGGAGGUGGAGGCCAUCAAUCACUCUGCUGAUAAAGCAGUGGAGGAUAGUAAGAAGAUCUUCACUGAGCUGAUCCGUUGCAUGGAGAAAAAACGCUUGGCUGUGGAGCGGCAGGUCAUAUCUGAGCAGAAAACUGAAGUGAGGCGAGUCAAAGAGCUUCAGGAGAAGCUGGAGCAGGAGAUCACUGAGCUGAAGAGGAAAGAUGCUGAGAUGAAGAAGCUCUCACACACAGAGGAUCACACACAGUUUCUGAAAAACUACUCCUCACUGUCACCACUCAGUGAAUCUACAGACUCACCCAGCAUCGAUAUCCGUCCUCUGCGCUACUUUGAGGACGUGACAGCUGCGGUUUCAGAAUUCCGAGAUAGACUACAGGCGCUUCAGAACGAGAAAUGGACAGACAUCUCACCGACAUGGUCUGCAUGGUAUGUUUUACAGUUAGAGCCCAAGACCAGAACUGAAUUCCUAAAAUAUUCACGUGAACUCACACUGGAUCCAAACACAGCAAAUACACAGCUGUUAUUAUCUGAGGACAACAGAAAAGUGGCAGUAAUGACAGACUAUGAAAAACCAUCUUAUUCUAGUCACCCAGACAGAUUCACUGAUUAUAGGCAGGUCCUGAGUAGAGAGAGUCUGACCGGACGGUGUUACUGGGAGGUGGAGUGGAAGGGGCAGGGAGUUGUAAUAGCAGUCACACACAAGGAUAUCAGAAGAACAGGGACCUCGAAAGAAUGUAGACUUGGUUUCAAUGUCCCCAAUGUCUUGGUUUACAAGUCCUGGGCAUUAGAUUGUUACGGCCCUUUUGGUUUUUACUUUUAUCACAACAAAAUCCGAAGUCUUCUUUCAGGUAAGGCCAGAGGAGCUGUUUCUGGUAUUUCCAGAGUAGGAGUGUACCUGGAUCAGUAUGCAGGUACUCUGACCUUCUACGCCAUCACUGAAACCAUGACUCUCCUCCACAGAGUCCAGACCACAUUCUGUGAGCCUCUCUACGUUGGACUUUAUGUAACGUCCAUUUUUGAAACUGCAGAGUUCCGUAAACUCAAAUAGACGCAAGUCAUUUAAGGGUUCAAUUCUAUGUUUUUACUCUUGGACUCAUUUUGUCUGCGUGUUUGUUGCUCAGAGCCGAUUGUUGUUAACCUGACUCCGCCAGAUGGAUUGCUUUGCAUUUGCUCGGCAUAUCCAUCUGGGAACUUUC